UGGCACGGCUGCGGUGCCUUCGAUUUGCGCGCAUCACAUGAAUGGCUUCUUCGUCGCGACUUCAAGUAUCUCAGAGUUCAGACUUCCCCUCUGUAUUGUUCGAAAUUGUUUAGGAGGUGUUGAAGCGGCUCGAGUAUAUAUAUACAUAUACAUAUAUAUCUUUAGACAGAGGGGAAUCUGAGGUUGCCGCUUUCCGAGGUUUCAAACUGGAGGCAAUCAUCUUCUUUCAACGGGAUAGAAGUGAUGAUUAUUUUGCAGGCUCCUUCCAAAUAUCUUCUCCAGAUCCUGUCCAAUCGGCUUCUCAAUAUUGAGAAAGGAGUUGAACUGGACUGCCUUUGGGUCGAAUUUGACGAUGUCCGUUACCAUGUUCAGGGAACGAUGAAAAAUCCGCAUCUUCUGCUGCUAUCAUUGUCAUUACCUACUCCACCUCCGGAAGCUGUUUUCUUUGGGGGACUUCCUCUUGGAGCCAUAGAAGCUAUAAAAGCUUCAUAUGGUGUGUUUGUACAAAUUCUUGAUCCUCCAAGAGACGGCUUUAACCUCACCUUGAAACUCAAUUUGUCUAAACUUCCUCCAGAUGAAGAGUACAGAAACACUCUUUUGCUAAAGAUUGCAUCUGUCAGAGAAGUAGUAAUGGGUGCUCCAUUAAGAGUAGUUCUCAAACAUCUUGCUUCAAGAACUGUUGCUCCUGAUACAGAGCGGCUUCUUGCCCUUGUACAUCGUCCUAAGGAGUCCCUUUUCCUUGUUCCGCAGGUAGAUAAGGUAACUGUGGUUUUUCCUAUGAGAUUCAAGGAUUCCAUAGAUACUGUUCUUGCAACUUCAUUCCUACAGGAAUUUGUGGAAGCAAGGCGUACAGCUGGACUUAGCAAUGCCCCUCCUUGUUCAUGGUCUCCUUCUCCUCCCUUAGAACUAAAGGGUGCUCCUACGAAGGCCUUAUCUGCAAAUGCUGGAUUUGUUUCUUUUGUCAUUUUCCCACGCCAUGUAGAAGGCAAAAAAUUGGAUCGGACUGUUUGGAAUUUAUCAACAUUUCAUGCCUACGUUAAUUAUCAUGUUAAGUGUUCAGAAGGUUUCAUGCACACUAGGAUGAGACGUCGUGUGGAGUCACUAAUUCAGACUCUGGACCGUGCUAAACCAGACACGGAGAAAGCAAAGAGAAGCGGACAGAGCAGAUCCUUCAAGCGAUUGAGCCUUGCGGAGUCAAGGAAUGGGUUGAAGAAAUAAAGUUUGGGUCAUUGUGUGGAAGGGUUGGGUGAUGCCACGCUGAAUUUGCAGAGAACUCCGAGGAAGUGGUUGUGUUUAUGUAGGGCGGAUCAUUGCAGUCAUUUGUGGUAAAGGGAAAUGCUACUAACAUGUAUUUUUAGAUGGAUGCUGAAAUGCAAUGCAAAUUAAAUUAUGUUAUGGCUUUGUUGCUU